AGAUCGUUGAUGCUUCGGCACAGUGCCGUAUGUGUUAGGGAAGCAGAGAGCGGCUCUUUGGGUCCUCUGCAUGUUCUCAUGGAGGAUGGUUCCGCAGAGAUUAAGACGGGUUCUACCUGGGUUCCUUCCUCCGAGGAGCCGAGGAGCCCGAACCCGGAGCUGAAGAAGCUUUUGUUGUUCAAGGUGUACAAGAGGAGGUGGUUCGUCCUUCUCGUCCUGUGUCUGCUCAACUGCUCCAACGCCACGUUAUGGCUGACCUUUGCACCAGUGGCGGACCAGUCUGCCAAGUUCCUGGCGGUCGCUCUGGAUAAAAUCAACUGGUUGUCGGUGGUCUACAUGGUGGUGGCCAUACCGCUCAGCUUUGGGACCACGUGGCUCCUCGACACCCUCGGGCUGCGGACCGCGCUGAUUCUGGGGGCGUGGCUGAACAUGUUCGGAGCCCUGCUGCGCUUCGUCGGGGCGUCGGUGGACCCGGCGGGCUCCAUGGGCAAGUACCUGAUCGUGAUGUCGGGUCAGACCCUCGGAGCCAUGGCGCAGCCCCUCCUCAUCUUCACCCCCACCAAGGUGGCGGCUCACUGGUUCCCCGAACACCAGCGCGCCAUCGCCAACAUGAUCGCCUCGAUGUCCAACCCUGCGGGCAUACUGCUCGCCAGCAUCCUGUCGCCGAUGAUCGCUCAGACGCCGGCGCGAAUCCCCGAGCUGCUGCUCGUCUACGCGGUGCCGGCAUGCGUCGUCUGUUUCCUAGCAACGCUGGGCAUACGGAGCAGCUCGCCCCCCACGCCGCCGUCGGCCAGCGCCGUGUCCUCCGGCUCCGAGCCGUACCUGCAGGGGAUCAAACUGCUGCUGAGGAACAGAGCCUACCUGGUGCUGAUGCUGUGCUUCGGUUCGGGCGUCGCGUUGUUCACCUGCUUCUCCACGCUGCUGCAGCAGAUCCUGUGCGUGCAAGGGUACACCAACACCUUCGCCGGCGUUUGCAACGCCCUCUCCAUCGUGUUCGGCAUCGUCGGCGCCGCCGCUCUCGGCGUCUACGUCGACAAGACCAAGAAGUUCAUCGAGGCCACGAAGGUCAACAUGAUGUUCACGGCCCUGUCGUGCAUCGCCUUCUCAGUGGUGUUUCUGCUGAAGCGCCAGAAAGCCGCCGUUGCCGCCGCCUGCUCCAUUUUCGGCUUUUUCGGGUUCUCCGUUUUCCCGGUGGCCAUGGAGCUGUCGGUGGAGUGUUCGUAUCCCGUUGGGGAGGCGACGUCAUCCGGACUGCUCUUCGUGUCGGGACAGAUCCAGUCCAUCCUCUACAUCGUCCUCUUCCAGGCGCUCACCAAGCGCCUCGCCGACUCGCCGCUGUCGACCUGCGGGGACACCGUCCUGAGCUGGAAGGUGCCGCUGAUGGUGAUGGCCGGGCUGUGCACCUUCUUCAACUGUUGCUUCGUCAUCUUCUUCAACACGCGAUACCGGCGGCUGGAGGCCGAGGAGCAGGCGGUCUACGGGACCAAGCCAGGAGCCGCCUCCACGGGCCCCGAGGACCCUCCUCCGAACUCUGAGAACCCUCCUCCGAGCCCCGAGGACCCUCCUCCGAGCUCUGAGGACCCUCCUCCGAGCCCCGAGGACCCUCCUCCGAGCCCCAAGGACCCUCCUCCGAGCUCUGAGGACCCUCCUCCGAGCCCCGAGGACCCUCCUCCGAGCUCUGAGGACCCUCCUCCGAGCCCCGAGGACCCUCCUCCAAGCCCCAAGGAGACAACAGAGGGGAUUAUGGGACGGAUUUUUUAAAGUUUUAUCGGUGACCUCAGAUUCAGAAGUUUUUCUUCUUCUUCUUUAAUUCAGACGUUCCGGCUCCUGCGGGGCCCCGGGGCCUCGUCGAGCUACAGUAACCAGAUGAAUUAUGUCGAUAAUGAAGUCAAUGAAAUUAGGGCUGCAACAACGAAUCGAUUAAAUCGAUUAUUAAAAUAGUUGGCAACGAAUUUCAUUAUCGAUUCGUUGUGUCGCGCGAUUAUUACGGCGCUCAAUAAGUCACGGAGUAUAAACAAAGUUGAGUUGAGCGCAGAGCGGCGCAGGAGAAACCAGAGAAUAGCGGUGGGAGAGGAGAGACGGAACGCUGCGUUGUGAGAGCCAAUCAGCGCUGAGCUGCUCCUCUGUUGAUGAAUCUAAUUGGCUGCUGCUGCUCACGUGGCGCUGGAUGCGGAAGUCCUUCACGUCGUCGGAGACAUUCACGGAGCUGAGUGCGCCUCCGGGUGACGUCAUGACCCCAGACACCAGGGCGCUACAUGUCACGACGUGUGUGGCAUUUCCACAAGAGUAUAACGUAGAAAACGUGGUUAUUUAUUCCGUGGCGGAAAAUAUUUUUCCACGGAGAAAGGCAACGGAGAUAAACCACGACGCCACUCGCUGUGAGCGCUGCGCUGCGCGUGCAGACAGCAUUUAACGGAGCGGAGCAGCGUGCGCUCUGAUCGCUCUUUUAAUGAAGUAUCGAUACUAAAACUAUGCUAAAUCACAUCGUUUUUAACGUACGGGUACUUUGUUAGUAUCGCUACACCGUGCAGCAGAUGUAGCGGACUAACAUUCAAGCUAAGCUAACUUCCCAAACGCUGAUUGGCCGAGACGCGACACGUCCCAUCAAAGAUGUUUUAUUGCGAAGAGCACCACUCCACAUUUUUUCCGCGUCUCACUGCAAUCUCAACGGCAGCGGGCCAGGUGAAAAAAAUAAUAAAUCGGAACGCGUCUCUGGUAUUGUUCAGGGGGCCGGUCCAAAUGUGGAGGCGGGCCGUAGUUUGGGGACAACUGCUCAGGAGAGUAAAGCUGUCAGUUUGUGACGGGUUCAUCCACAUGCUGACCAGUGAACAGGUUCAUCCACAUGAUGACCAGUGGAUCUCCAGGACCUUUCCAUGACUUUAAACCACAUUUCCAUGAUUAAACAUUUUGUGAAAACUCUGUACGUGACAAUGUGAGAAGAUGUAGUGUUUAAAAUAACAAUGAGAAUUCCAAAGCAUACCGUAUAUAUACCGUGUAAAUUAACAUUUGAAUGAAACAAAUUUGCAUUACUUUUCCAAAUAUUUUGGGAUUUUAUUUUUUUCAAUUACUUUUCUAGGCCUGCUAAUAGCCAUUUAAAAAUUCCAUGACUUUUCCAGGUUUUCCAUGAUCGUACGGACCCUGUUUUGAAUAAAGGGUUGAACAUUUAAGUUGUUUUGUUUUUUUAUCCGAUUAAUCGAUAAAAUAAUCAACCGAUUAAUCGAUUAUCAAAAUAAUCGUUAGUUGCAGCCCUAAAUGAAAUACUCGGGAUGUUCUAGAAAGGUGCCUCGAUGAACCGCAGAUGUUAUUGAGAUAUUUGAUACUUUUUGCACCAAAGAAAAGAAGUUGCAUCUGACUGUCGCUUCUGUAAAUCUCCGUUGGAUGGAGAAUAAUCUGAAUUGAACAUUUCAUACGGCGAUCAUGUCUAUUGGUUGUUUUUAUUUAAACAAAACGCGCUCCGGUCGUAUUGACACACAAACGGAAACGCGGCGCUGCUCUGGAUAAAUGAACAUCUUCACUUGGAAACAUUCCCCGCCGACUCCUGCCCUCGAACGCACCGCCGGUGUCGGAGCUGCGAUGCGUUCAGGUGCAGAGAAGAGCUGCGGACGACAGAAUCCCGAUGUUUACAUUCUGGACUUUAGUGUCGUGCUCAAACCGCGAUGGAAGGUUUACGACGCGCUCUGAAAACAAUGCAGACGUUAAAACAUGUUUUAAUGAGCAGGAACCAAAUCAGAAUGCCCUUGUUUUUAUUAUCAAGACGGAAUAUGAAUACUUACUACGUACAUGUGUAUAAAAUGCUUCUAGUUUAUGAACGUGGAAUCCUCCCAGGCUUUAGAGGCGCUGCGUGUCGAUCACCAGCAGCAGCAGCGUUGUCGUCGUUUGGUUUUCCAGACGUGAAGUUGAGGUGCUUGAAGGUCGUGGACCGGAGCUGAAGGUCGUGACCUCAGCGCCGUGUUUCCUCUUCAGGGGUUCUGAUGAUUCCUGUCUUUAAUACUUUAUAAUGUUAAUAAAAUGUUUCCUCCAGGGUUA